AUGACCCUGGGGGCGCUCACCACUAGCCCUGAGCACAGCUGGCCAAAGCCCACCCCUAAAUGUGACUGCGUGACAGAGCCGCGCCAUUUGCCUUUGCGUCUCGUGGUCGCCACAUCUCAGGGAACCGACCCGCAGGCACUCCCUUGCAGGAGGCAAGGCCCUGCCCUAGCUCUGUGGCACCUGGGUGUCCCCGGUGUGCACGCAGGUUCUGAUGCGAGGGGGAGGACCAGAACCCGGAUCCCGCCCUCCGAGAGACAUGGCUCCAGUGGCCCCCUGCAGGCCGGGGACUCCCUGGUGCGGUGCGCUCUGGAGGCCCCUGGGCAGACACAGAUCUGCCUGUCUCGUGCCCUGUGCCAGGUGCCGCCCACAUCCAGAAUCCUUGAAGGUUGUCAGUCCCUGGAGGACAGGGACCUGGUGUUCGACAUCGUUUUUUGCACCAGUUCACAGCAGAGGGCUUGGUCUGUGCUAGGCAACAGCCGAGGCGGAGCGGCGCGACCCCCGCGCCGCCCGAGCCCGAGCCGGAGCGCAGCGGCAUCGGAGCGGGAACCGGAGCUGGAGCCGGAGCGGGAGCCGAAGCUGGAGCCGGCACUGCGGCGCACGGAGCGGAGCGCGGCAGCCAAGCCGAGUGAGUGGAGGGGCGUUCCCUGCGAGAAUCAGAGCUGUGCUGCGGGCAGGCUGGCUCCGCUGUUCUGCUCCAAGGAUUACAUGUCCUUCAAACGCCCCUGCCCCUUAGCACGAUACAACCGCACCAGCUACUUCUACCCCACGUUCUCAGAGAGCUCGGAGCACAGCCAUCUGCUCGUGUCCCCCGUGCUGGUGGCCAGUGCCGUCAUAGGUGUGGUCAUCAUCCUCUCCUGCAUCACCAUCAUCGUGGGCAGCAUCCGCAGGGACAGGCAGGCCCGGCUCCAGCGGCACCGCCACCGCCACCGCCACCAUCACCACCACCAUCACCGCCGCCGCCGGCACCGACACCGAGAGUGCGAGCACGGCUACGUGUCGGAGGAGCACACUUACAGCCGCUCGAGCCGCAGGGUGCGCUACGCCUGCAGCCCUGUCGAGGACUGGCCCCCGCCCUUGGACAUCAGCUCAGAUGGAGACGCGGACGCCACGGUGCUCAGGGAGCUGUACCCAGACUCUCCACCAGGCUACGAGGAGUGUGUGGGGCCAAGGGCCACAGAGCUGUAUGUCCCCACGGAUGCGCCACCGCCCUACUCGCUGACCGGCUCCUACCCUAUGCUGGACAGCGCCCUCGAUGGAAGCAGUGGCCAAAGCCCCAGCCAACACCAGCAGGUGCACAGGACCAGGGACCAGAGUGGCCUCCGCAGCGCCUCCAUGGACACUCUGCCCCCAUACGAGGCCGUGUGCGGGGCCAGCCCCCCCUUGGGCCUGCUGCCACUGCCGGGACCAGGGCCAGGGCCAAGGGGCUCUGAGAGCCCGCCCAGCCCCACCCGGGGCCCUACCUCGGGCCUAGAGAGGAUUGUGUGAGUGAGCCAGCUGGCCAGCUCCUGCUGGAACCUCUGGUCUGAGCCAUGCUCUUCAGGCACACAUGGGCGCACACACACACAGAGAUACACACAUGACCUACAUACAGCUCACUGACACAGGUGCGCACACAGACACGCCCCAUGUGCACACGAUCUAGGCAUGCACCUCACGUGUGCAGACACGUGUGCAGACACAGGCCCCCGCCCAAACCCACCUGUGCAGGUGCCCUUCAUGCCACUCUCCCGCCCUGGCUUCUCCUCCCUAGCCUGCCUCUGUGGAUGGCGGUGGGGGGAAAGAGACGAAGUUGGAAAGCGCCUUUCACGGCCCUGUCCCCAGGCCUGUUUGUCCCUUCCCUGCCCAGCAGGCUGUGCCCACAUCCUAAUUCCACCUUUGGAAACUUCUGGGCCACCCCAGGUCAGCUGCCUGCCCAAACCCCAGCCCCAGGGCCAGCUUGUCCUCCUGGGAGGUGGGGCAGCCCCAGGGAGGCCUGGCUGUAUGCUGUGCCUGUAUCUCAAUUCCAGGGCAGAAGAGCCACAACAUCACCACCCUCCCCUUACAAGGGUGGGGGACGCAGGUCAGGGGGCUCAGGUGCAGCCUGGAGACCCUUGCAGCCCGCUGAGCCCCCACCCACACAGGCCCCUCCGUCUGGUGCUGCAAGUGGAGCUUGGAGCUCUCAGCUGAGCGGGCACUUCGUGGCUGUGCAGUGGUGUUGGUGGGUCCCAGCUGUUCCCACAUGAUGCCACCCACAGCCUGGGACUGAGGUCUUCAAAACAGAUGAGGCCAUGACCUUCUCCAGGUGGCCUCAUUGCAUCGCUGCUGGGACACCGCUCUGAAGGAGACACGUGGCCCCUCGCCCAGUGUGUGCCACUUGGCACAGUGGCCCCAGGAGCUGGUGCCGUCCUCCUGCAUGGCAGCACGUGACUGGGAAUUGUGAGUCGCCACCUUCUGGCCUUGCCCUUCCCUGGUUCUUGCAGAGACAGAAAUCAAGAGGCCCCAGCCUGGUAAAGGCCACUGUGUCGCCAUGAGACGACCAGCGGUCUUGUGACCAGGGAGGCGCCGUCAGCCUGAGUGCAGAAGGGCUCAGAUCUCUGCCCAUGAAUCCAAGCAACUUCCAUCAGAGGCCACACAAGGCAACAGGUGAUUCCUGAAGACUCAGCCUGCCGAGGGUGGUGGCCCAGCAGCUCGGAGCGUCCCUGCCAGCGUCGCCAGCGGCGGGGCAGUGGGGGCAGUCGCCCUGCCUCCCCACUACCCACCUUUAGCCACCGGCACCCCUGUUCAUCCUCCUCCCCACAUCUCAACUCCUCCAAUGAAGGGCUAAGACAAUUCCAUAAUCCCUUUCUGAAGCUGAGGGGUGGCAAAGACGGCGACCUUGAACUUCAUUUUUGGUAGCGAUCGCCUUUCUUCUGGUGCAGAACAGAAAGGAACCCACCCACAGGUCCUGUAGCACCCUGGAGCCCCAGACUCCGCCUGGGGGAGGGGCCUUGUUUACAAGUUCUGUGCGCCUCCGUGGUGCACCUUUUCCUAGGCAGAGUUAUCUGUCUGCUAUACUUAGAGCCUUUAACAUGUAGCCCAGGGACAAGACUUUCUGAAGAAAUGCAUCUUGCUUCUGCAACUCCUGAGAGUGCUCGGGGGGGAGAGGAGGAAAGAUUAAAAAAAACAAAAACAAAAAACCCUGAGUCCUCAUGGAGUGUGUGAGGGAUGGAGCCAAACAGCUUUUCUUGUUCCUGGCUGAGGCGCUGAAUAAGCAGCAAUGUAUCUUUUCUGUGUUCAAAAUAAAUACAUCGUAUCAAUAAAAUAUAGCAACAAGUAACCAUUUUCAGGUGAGCACUGGGAUUCAGGCAGAUCUGAAAGGGAACAGCAACAAACUGAAAAUAGUCCCCAGUGGCCUU